GUUAUGUCUUUGUCAAAGUGAUAUUUAAAGUGCUAUGAGUGCGUUUAAAUGGAUUAUCAUAAAAACAUAACUAUAUGCCAGGGAUAUAGCUUCAUAGUAAUUUAAUUGUGAUUUCUUGAGGACGAUCUUAGUGACUUUGGACGGCAAUUGCCGGUGACUGUUGCACUUCUCAACUGGAACCUAACUCAGUCAUAAUGGUUCUUAUAUGGUAGAUCUUACGCUCAAGUAUCAGUAUUCAGAUAUUUCUGAGACUAGCGGGGAAGCAUUUGGUUAUGCUGAAACGUCUUGAUAGAAAGAGUCAACUAGGGUGAACGUGAUCAACUCCCAGAACCAUGGGGCAGUGGAGAUUUGCGCCGUCAAGGAGUACAUCACCCUUCUCCGCCACUUUAUCUCUCUGUCUCUGGACAACCUGCCAGUCUGGAAGAACUUGUUGAAGAUGAUGGCCUCCGAUGUGGAGGAGGAGGCGGAGGCGGCCGGGAAGUGUUUGAGGACGCUCACAGAUCGGUCGGAGGAGGUGGGAAUAAGCCCUGAGUGGAGAGCAUUCUAUGACAAUGGCGGCGUUCCAGUGGUGGUAAAAGUGGCCAAAAGUACCCUGCAAGACUACGCCAAAAUCCCGGCGUUUCAAACUCUCCUCAAUGUGAUUGAGCGCUCUGAAGUUCAGGAACAACUGGUGUCGUCUGGCGGCAUUCCAGCAUUUGUGAAACUGCUCAAGUCUUCCAACAAUUAUGCUGUGCAGUUGUCUGCAGAAGUGAUCCGAGAGCUGGCAAAGAAGGAAGACUUUGCAGAGCUGUUAUCCCAGAACCAAGCUAUUCCAGCUUUGCAUAAGGUUCUCCAAACUGUCCAUGAUCCGGAAGUCUUGGUGCCAGUUGUCCAGGCUCUGGGGAAUGUAGCCGAAACGUCGGCCAAGUUACGAGGCUCCAUAGGGAGCACACAAGGACUUAUUGCCAGUUUGGUCUCUCAGUUUGAGACGAACUCUCACCCCGGCUUGCUUCUGGCCUUGACAAAUGCUGUCUCGGAUAUCGCUAAGGGGGAUAAGGCCAACCAAAGUGCUUUCGUCAAUGAGGGGAUAACUCAUCACAUUGUUAAUGUUGUAAUGCAUCAAAUCAGGAACAAAGAAAUUCAGGCCAGUGCUGUGGAAGCAAUUCAUCGCCUUGCAGAAGCCAACAAACAAACACAGAAGGAUCUUCUUGACAAAGGUGCUGAAAGACUGCUCAUGCAGAUGCUCAAGAAAAACAGGGCAGAGGCCUUACAAGAAAAAACAGCAAUGGCUUUAUGGGCACUUGCCGGUGAAAACAUUGAUGAAAGACGCGAGAUGGCAAAUGGAAUUGGGGUGCAAAUGCUCAUUGAGUUUGUGAACUCCAUGUCUGAAAAUCUGCACUACAUUGGCUCUGAGGGCCUCGGAGUGCUAGCACAGGGUCCUCUGAAUCAACAGACUCUCAUAGCGAACGCCAACGGAAUCCACCCAUUGGUGCGGCUCAUGAAAUCCCAUCAAGAACACAUUGUCCGCAGUGUCAUCAGAACCAUAAGAUAUUUGUGUGUGGGUGUUGGGUGUGUCCCUCACGAGAAAAACCAGAACACCAUUUCCCAGUCACGUGGGAUCAAGUUCCUGGUGGCUCUCAUGGUGCACUCGGCUAACGAGGAAGUCCAGGUGGAAGCUGCUUUUACACUAGGCUGUGUGUCUUUAGGAAAUAAGGACAUCUUAGAUGAAAUUUUUCAAAGUGCUGAUUUCAGCUAUGUACGAAUCUUGAAAAUGCUGUACUCUCGACAACCUAUCGUACGACUAUUGGCUGGAUCAGCCUUGGCAGCUUUUGCGUACAACAACCUCCAACAACAGAAGGAAAUUGCAGAGCAGGGCGGAGUUCGCUUCGAUUGCUUUGUCCCUUUCCUGCAGUCAGAUGACGAGUUCUAUCGGUGCAAUGCAGCCUAUCAGGUUGUCAUACUGGCUCGGAUAAUUCCAAAUGAGGAGCAAGCCAAGUCCUCAGCGGCAGGCAUCAAACUAUUGGUGGAUCUGCUACAGGACUCACAGUCUGAAGAGGUUCAGGCCCUGGCAGCAGACUGUGUGGCCAGCCUGAGUCAUACCAGGGCAGGUGUGCCUGCUGCUAUUGUGGCUAUCAAUGCUGUGGACUACUUGUGCCAGCUUCUCUUGUCCCAGGCGGAGCAAGUGCGGGGAAACGCCGCCAUAGCUUUGGGUUACUUGUCACAUGAUCACAAAGGCGAACGGCUUAUGUUACACAAGUGCCGUAAUGACCCAUACCUUAUGAAAGUGAUAAAGUAUUACACCAAGCGUAUUCGCCUCGCAACGACGUUCAAUGAAGGCUGGCAGCACUACAGGAAAGUUGGACUGCCACCAAUUCCAGAGGGACGCCCUAGUCUUGUCAGAGGCCACGUCACCAGGGGGGACAUCACAGUAUUGAGCUUUGAAGACAGCGGAUCGAAAGGCUCUCACUCUCAUCUCAAUGAAGACGGUGACACGACCUCCCGGUCAUCUCGAGCCACCAAUCACAGAGAAUCUCUACACAACAGCCGUCUUUCCCUGGACAGUCAAAGAUCUCACGCGUCAAGAAUUUCCUUAAUUCAGGCUGUUGAAGAAGGUUAAGUGUUUUCAUUUUCUCACUUUAGAUAAAACUUCAGUAUUGAAAACUUUUUUGCUCAGCUUUUUAAAGUUGGUUCCCACAAAAAUCCACUCAAUUGGUAUAUAUUCUAACAACAACAAGAAAAAAUGAUUUAAUGCUGUUAGAUGUGGACCAACAUGAAAAGGCCAAGAUGGAAUAAAUGUAAGUAAAAAGAGGCUGUCUGAAAAAUGUUUCAGAUUGUACGAAACAGUUCCUUGAUGAACUGGACUGCCUGUUGUUUCUCUUCAGAUCACAUGACAAGCUUUAGUACCGACGGUCUCUUGAGUGCUGUUCCUUUAGGUACAAAUGUUCCUUAUCGAAGUAUUACUAGGGUGGAAUCCCGCCAUUUACAUGACGAUUUAUGUAUUUUAUUUCUAUUUAUAUAUAUAUAUAUUGUGUUUGACAUUUUCCUGUAAGAAAUAUUGAGGCAUUGGACGAAUUUCCUUAAAUCAAAACACUUCAAGGUAUAAUUUAUCUUAGUUAUGGAUGCGCACAAGAUAGCUGCACAUACUUGUCUUUGUUUUCAUCAUGCUUGUUGUCAAGAUUUCAAACAGUUUCACUGACUUGCAAAUGAAUCAGCACUGUAGAUAAUUUUUGAAGGUUUGGAUGAUUCCUGUGAUUGUUGUUUGUACAGGGAUACUUCUUUUUUUUUCAAAUUGGUCAAGCUCAGGUUUUGAAUCAAUGUCUGUUUAAAAAAAAAAAAAAA